CAUUAGUAGUGAAUAACCACACGCUAUUUACUAAUAAUUUUUGCACUUGGGAGGGGAACUCUUCUAGAAAUUACAGCCCAUCGCCCACAGGAAUGAGUGGGUGAUGAGGGAUAAGAGCAGCACGCACCCUCGAAAUAUCGCUCAGAUCUCAUCAAGCGCACUUUAUUUCUGCGCAUAAUCUGACGCUGCGCAUCACAAAUAAGAUGGGUUUGUUGGUGAGGUUCGUUCUUCUAUUCAGUUUGUUAAUCAUACGGAUGUCUGCGCUUAAUGUUUUCCCUGAGAAAUUCGUCGUUGGUGAGAAAAACCACACCAUUACGCUUGAUUGUAAAACGAAUAAAAAGAGUGUCACGUGGAAACUACAGGAUACAGACGGCUCACUGGAAGAACUGGAUUCAGAGUAUGAAAAACCCAAUGGUACGAAACUGAUCGUAUACAACCUGCAAGUAGACCAAGUUGGGAAUUACACCUGUUGGAGUGACGAAGGUGUUGAAGAUUACACCUAUCUUCUACUGGACAUGUCUAAAGAACCUGCAGGUCUCAAUAUAAAUUGCACAGCCGAAACUUUUUCCUGCGCCAAUAACCUGAAGUGCUCAUGGGGCGCAUCCGAUUACACAGCAUUCAGACUACGCAAUAUGCGUGACGGUGGCAGCUGGGUGUCACAGUCUGUGGAUGGGGUAUUUUAUGUGCCACACUCCACAAAUUCUUUUUCGGAGGAGUCUGAGCGACUGCUGAUAACUGGAGAAGCAGUUUCAUCAUGCUGCUAUAAAAAAACCGAGAACAGCUUCUUCUUGAGGGACAUUGUUAAACCCGCUGGUCCGAACAUUUCCAGAUGUAUUCAAAGAAAAAAAAACGAGACAAUAGAAGUGGAGGUGAAGCCUCCCUCGACGUGGCCGCAGCCGCACAGUUUCUUUCCUCUGACGCAUCAGAUUGAGUACGAGAUGCGCGACAACGGGGAGGUGAGGACUCAUCAAUGGGAGGGGCCAACGGUUAAAGUUCAGGGGGUCGUCACAAAAUUGAGAGCACGCUGCAGAGACCCGCUGGUCCUCUCUCAAUGGAGCGAAUGGACACCUUGGAAAAAUGUAUCAUCACGAAGGAAAGGAAAGCAUACCAAGACAAAGAACAGAAAAAACAACAGAGAAAAAACAACAGAGAAAAACAACAAAGAAAAAACAACAAUGAAAAAAACAACAGAGAAAAAACACAAAAACAAAAAAAUCAUCUAACCUGGACUGGUUUUUAAAUGUUUAACUAUAUUGUAUUAAAAGAUCAUCUGUUUAGUUGACUGAUGAGCUAAGAACAGUUAUAAAACUUUGAAUCAACAGCA